AUGCAGCAGAACUCAUCGUUUACAUCAGAAGCACGAACGGAGAACGGCAGCGCCUUAACCUUUUCUGGACGCUUGUUCCCGGGCAGAUCAUCUCAACUGACACCACCUGCCGCUUCAGAAAUCAAGAACAGUGAUGUGCUCAAGGCUUCAACAGAUGCUAAUGCAAUCAAGGAUUCUCCAGUUAUUGAUGCCAAUGUCCUAAAGGUCCAAGCCGCACCUCUGUCGGCUCCCAAAGCCAACAACCAAUCUAGUGACCUUUCGAUGUCGAAGGAGGGCAGUUGCACAGUCAAAGCCGAGAAAGACUUUGGCAUGCCUACUAGUGUCAUGACAGAGACGAGACUUAUAGUGAUAUCGGAUGACAAUGAGGAACGGGAGACGGAGAACCUUCACGAGGCGCACAACCUGCAGGUCGAACGCUUGUCGGCCAACUUGGCAACCAAACUGCGCCCUAUCCUUCAUACGUAG